AUGGGAUAGUUUUUAGGGCAUUUACAAAAUGCAUAACCUCCCCAAUCAAAUCCAUUACUUAAUAAUUCAAUAUCAAAAUUACGUGAGUAUCAUGGGUCUUUUCAAUCUGUUUGCGAUACCUUUAGUAUAGAUUUGACAGAGUUCGAAUAGAUAUUCGGAAGCAAUGAAACAAUGUUUUAGAUAUGGGAUACAGACAACAACGGGUAUUAUAGUUAAGAAUAUGUGUAGAUUGAUCAACGCUUUGGAAUUAUUUUCAGGUUUAAUAAUUUUUGCAGAGAGUAAUUUCGAGGAAAAGGCGCGAUUUUUAUUUGAUCUAUUUGAUUUCAAUGAAUUGAAUUCCUUGAGUUUAGUAAGAAUAUAUGUGAUAACUUAAGAUUGAUUUGGAUUUUAUGUUGUUGUCAUGUGCAAAUGCCACAUUCAAAAUAAUGCAGAUAAAUAAUGAAGUAAAUGAGGAAGAAAUCUCGGAUUUCUUAAGCAAUUUUUUUUCGGACAAUCAAAGAGUAAACAUAAGCCAGUUUUUGAAAUGGUGUGUGAAGACUGAGGAGAUAAGACAAUUCCUAUAAUUGAUAAAAAAGGAGGCUCCUGAAUUGAAGGUUACAGCAUAAGCGGAAUAACUGAGUCAGAAAAUCGAUGUCCUCAGAUAGGUAUCGAACAAGGAGUUUAGAAAGAAACUCUUAUUGCCAGACUCCAAGCGUCCCUACUUUGAUCAGAGGAAUCUUGGGUAAGAAUAAGGAAGUAUUCUAGAUCCAUAUUAUCGUCAAAGGCAUAUCAUUCAAAAAUCUAAUGGAUAAGUAGUUUGGCAAAGAAGGUUUAUGCUCCCUAGCCGCAAGUGUUUUAGAAAGAUGUUUAUGCAAAAAUGAAUUGGGUCUAUGGAUUUCGGGGGAAGGAUGUGAAACGACCCUUGCUUUAUAUAAAGGUGCAAUCGAAUACAGAUAAAGCUUUGAAUGAGAAGAUGGUAUUUUUUACAGCUUGUAUAAUAAUUGUGUAUUAUCCGAAAAUAAACGAGCAACGUCAUUAUUUAGAGCACGAAAGUGAAGUGAUAAGUGUAGCAGUAGCCAACAAUUUGAGUUUGAUGGCAAGUGGAGAGUAUGCAGAGUAACCAGCCAUUCACAUUUGGGAUAAUAAUACAUUGCACAACAUAGGAGUGAUAAAGGGUGUUCAUUAGAAGGGUGUGCAUUUAUUGACUUUUUUUGGCAAUGAUGAAUUGUUAGCAUCAUGUGGAAUAAGAGCUGCAUCUCCUAUUUUGAUUUAUAACAUCAAGGAUUUCUCUUUGGUUCUAUCGACUUAAGUGAAUGACUUUGCAGUAGAUUUAUUGACCAUCAAAAAUUUUGUAGGGUCAUUUGGGGGUAGUAUCCAACAAAGAUAAUAAUAAACUAGCUAGUAAAGUUAGCCAAAUCCAUUCAAGAAAUACGAAAACUCAUUUGUGGUUUGUACAAUUCAGCAGAUAAUCCAAUUUUAAUAUUAUGAUGGUCAUUUUUUGACUAAGGAGAUCUAUUUGGAAUAGUAUAACUUAUCAUCGCCUUUAACUUGUGCAACAGCAUUAAGCAUUAUAGCCAAGGAACCUAAUCUAAAAUCUUAUUAAGAUGAUUCAGAAGAGGCGAUAGUGAUAAUAUCAGGACAUCAGGAUGGAUCAGUGAUUUUGUGGGAGAGCUUUGAAACCAUGGAAUAGAUGACAUCUUAUAAGGAUUAGAUAGUCUGUAUAACUAGUUAUCAGUAUGGAAUAAUCAUUGGAACUGAUGCUAGUACCAUUCAUUUGUGGGAUUUUAAGUUCAAGAACAAUGUAAAGAAUAUAGAUCUAACAGCCUUAAAUUUCAAGCUGUUUAGUUAUGUUAUAAGUGAUAUAGUGGUAGCAGGAGAUAAAUUAUUGGUGUCUUCGACGGAAGGCGAUGUAGUGGAGAUCUUUCUAUAAUAGAAACAAGAACACACUAGCAAUCAAUUUGGCAAUAAAUUAAAAGCGAAUAGAAUAAAUUAUAUAGUUCAAUUGAGUGGAACAUUGUAGGCUUUGUGUAUAUUGGAGAGACCGGAUAGUGAUGACAAGUUGGUGUUUUGUGCAGGAUCACAAUAAACAGUGUAUGGAUUUUCAUUGGAGACACAUGAGAUUGUGGAUGUGUGGACUAUUGGGGAUCAGGUAUCAUCAAUGGAUUGCAUCAAUUUUGAGGAUGGAGGAGCAGUGUUUGCAUUAGGAACAGUGUCAGGUAAAGUGUAUUUGAGAUUGGAUUGGGAAGAGACACCAAGAUGGUAUGAUUUUAAACAUUAAGUGAAUGAUUUGAAAUUCUCAUCAGAUACUUCUUGUUUGGUCUGUGCAGUUUAGGAUGCAUUUGUCUAUGUGUUCUUUUUGAAUAACACAUCAUACUUUUAGACUGCACCAAAGAAGAUUCAUUUCGAAGGGGAAUUGCCCAUUUGUUUGGAUUUCGUUGAUGAUUGCAAAGUCUUUAUUGUGGGAACUACAAACAAGAAUCAAUACAAAAUUGAAUUGCCUGAUAUGAAAUCAAAAUUGUUGUCUUCGGAAAAUGAGAAGUUGAAUUCAACUACUUGGGUAUUGCAAUAUCCUCUGACUUCGAGUGGCAAUCAAAAUUCUAAGAAGGAACAAUUUUUGCCUCUCUUGAUUGGAGGUGAUGUGAAGAUAUUCUUGGCUGCAGGAGAGGGAGGAUAUGUAUACUUUUGGAGAGAUCGAGAAUAGUUGGAAACUAAUUGUGGUGGAUUCUUGAGAGGACAUGCUAGCAAUGUGAGUAGAUUACAAAUGACUAAAACCUAAGAUGUCUUCUACACUGUAGGUACUAAUGAUAACACAUUGAUCGAAUGGAAGAUCGAUUUCAUCAAUGAUUUAGCUGAUUUCUCUAAGCCAUUCCAACAAGACGACAAAUAAUAAAUCAACAAACCUGGACUCAAUAAUUUCUCCAUGGCUUCCAAUAAAUAGGACUUCAAUUAAACCAUAGACGAAAUCUUCAAAAGAGAAAAGGAUUAUUGCUUUUUCCUCAACAAUAUCUCUGACAAAUUUAGAGACAAUUUCGUUCAAUUCCGAGCAACCAAUCAAAAGAUGCUAAAUGGAUUACUCCAAGAACUGAUUCCACCCUUCGAUAAAAAACAACAUGUCAUGAAACGUGCUCCUCCCUUGUCUUUGACUCUUGAUUACAUCUAUGGAUUCUUGGCUUACGACAAAAGGAGAACUCUAUUUUAUGUGCACUUCUAUAAUAAACAAGAGAAGAAGAAGAGAGGAGGAUAACAAUAAUAAGAUCUGAAGUCAGAAUAACGAAAGAGAAUGGAGUAAAUGAAUCAAUAGAGCAUCAUUUUACCUGUCCAAUUCCAAAAGGAAAUGCUCUUUGCUAAAUAAGCCUUGUUGCCUUAUGAUGAUUCUCAUAAUGAUUGCUAAAGACACUUCGUCUACAUCACUUCCAGAAUAGCAGUUGUCUAUAACCCAUUGAACAAUCAACAGAAAUUCUAUGAGGGACACAGAUUCAAAAUCACCUGUCUAGCCAUUCAUCCAUUAAAGUGUUUUGUGGCCACAGGUGAAUGUGCACCUAGACCUUGCAUUCACGUUUGGAAUGUAUUCAACACUGAACCUGUCAAGAUCAUCAGAACAAACCAUAAGAAUGGUAUCUAUGACUUAGUGUUCUCCAGAGAUUCAUUAUUUAUUGUGAGUAUCGGCAUAGACGAAACCUAUUCAAUCUAAGUGACAUCUUGGAAGAAUGAAACCAUUAUAGCCUUUCGAAAUUCAGGGACAUUCCCCAUCUGCUGUGUCAUGUUCAACCCGUACAAUCGAUAUGAGUUUGCUACUUGUGGAUACCAGAAUAUCACCAUAUGGUCAUUACAGGGGAGAAACCUGAUUAGGAGUUAAGUGAUAUUGUCAGAUGAAGUCAAGUAUACUAAUGGUUGUUUUAUCACUUGUCUAAGUUACAUCUCCUAUCUCUUAGGUGAUAAAAUAGAAAGCGACAUCAUUGUGGGUAACAACUUCGGAGAUUUGGCCUUGGUUGCUUGUGGCAAAUACAUAGUUGUGAAAGAGAGGUAUCUAAUAUAGCCAUAUUUAUUUAGAGCACAUCAAAAGAUGAUCAAUUGUUUGAAGAUAUCUGAAAUACUGGGAGAUAAGGUCGUCAUCAUCACUUGUGGAGAGGAUGAGUACAUCAAAAUAUGGGAUACCAAAUUUAAUUUGAUCAAUGAGUUCAACAUCCGUAAGACUGGAUUCUUUUAGGAUGGUACUCCUGCAAUUAGGGUAUGACAUCUAUAUCUCCUAUGUAGAAUUUAUCUGCUCAAUCAAUUGACAUAUUCUCUUGUAGGGUUCCAAAGAGACAUCUGAAUGAGGAGGAAGUGGAAGAGUCGCAUAAUUUAUCUGUGAUGUUGGUUGGAACCAGGAAUGGUGAUAUUUUGGAAGCUGCAUUUCAAGUAGAGUUUUAAGGCUUGAAGUUAUAACAAAUCAAAAAACAAGAAAGCCACUCUGAUGAUGAACAUAGCAAUUCCCAUGAUUCCAGUGGGUCAGAACAAUAGUAGAGACAACCCUACACUACGACAGAAACUUUGAAAUUCAACUAUUCCAUAUACAUGAGAUCGCAUCAAUCAUAAAUAUUUGAUAGCAAACAACAAAUAGAUUUCUUCAAUAAGAAGAUGUUCAUCACUCUGCAUCCCACCUAACCAAUUAUGGUAUCCAUGGGAGAGGAUCAGAAACUAAUACUCUGGGAUACUGAGAACAAUUCAUUGUUGUUAGUCAAGAAUAUGGGUAUGACUCCUACGGCGAUACGAUUGUCCCCCGAUGGAGAUUUGCUAGUGAUUGGUUUCCAGAAUUCCAUGGUUGUGAUUAUGGACUCCAAGAUCCAAAAGAAUGCCAUUGGCAAAGUGAGUGAGCGUUACUUGUUGCCCACCUUGGACAUCAUCAUGAACAUCAAAGAUAAGGACAACAAGACGGCUGUUUUGAAUAUAGAGUUUUCACAGAAGGGGGACAUGCUUGCCAUCUCGUAUGAUAAUGCUCGUAGUUAGAAGGACGUCUUUGAUUCUAAGUUGGAAAAGGAGGGCUCUUUCAUAUCAGUGUGGGUUAAUAGGGGUUCUCAUCGUACAUCCAAGUAUAGAGCAACUGACAAGAAUCUAUAUUUGAAAUAUACUGACAUUCGUUGUCCUCAACUAAAUGAAUCGUAUUAGAGUGACAAUGACACUUAUGGAGUGGCUGCAUACUUCAUGACAUUCAGUUAGGAUGGCAAUUACCUGAUAAUCUAUUAUCAAUUGAUAAACAACCAGUAAACUAGAAUCAACAACGAUCCACAAGGUGUGUAUGUAAUAUGGGAUCUGAAUUCAAACACAUCAGUCAAAAAUUGGGAGACCAUCAAGAACAUUCAAUGGAAGAAAUUGAACUUCCCAAAUAGUCUGCAUUCUUAGUAUCAAUUUUAUGACUCCUUGAUUGGCGAUCCGAAGUAAGGGUAAGAACAGGAGACCAAUUUGACCAAUGAGACCCUCAUUAAUCCAAUGAUGUCAGUAAUGGUUGAUCUAACUCCAUUUUUAAUAUGUGGAAGUACCAACGGAGAUUUGCAUUUGGUCAAAUCCUCGUGUCUCUACUAUGAUAAGGAUUUUAUCACAGAAAUCAGUAAAAAAUAGAAGUGUUUGGCUAAGUCAUAUUCUGCUCAUGUUUCAUUUGUGAAUCAGAUAGAGACUCAUCAGAAUGCUCAAUAUCUGUAUACUACAGGCAUAUUGGAUGAAUGCAUUAUGAAAUGGAAAUUAACAGAAGAACAAUAAAAUUGGGAUUUGGAUUAUUUGAUUUACGAUAAGAAACAAGCUGAUCUGUUUUAGGAAGUGCAAGAGAAGGAGAAAUUCAAAAGUUUGUUCUCAGAAUUGCUACCCUUGCGUAAGGGGAUAUCGGAUAAGGUCAAGAAUGUGGAUGACACUAAGUUACCUGAAGUGGAACUCAAAUUGCAGAGUAUCAUAGGGAGAAGAGCAUUUACAAGAAGGAACAAUCUAUUUUACGAUUAUGAUGAAAGACUGAUUUAUGUGGCAGGAUGCAAUUUGGUGAUUGCUAGUUUGGAUGAUGAGGAUGAAUAGGAUGACAAGAUUGCAUCUCAAUUCAAAAAAUACAAUAUAGCAUAAUUACAAUCAGAAAACCACUCAGUGUUUCAAUAAUUCAUUAAGUUAGAUCAAUCAGAUACGUCGUCGUCACCUGAGAUCUCAUGCAUUACUUUGAGUCAAGACAAGAAAUUACUGUGUGCUGGUACCAUUGAAUUGAAGGCCAAACUGCUGAUUUGGGAUAUAUGUUCAAGAACUUGUGUUAAGAAUAUUGUCAUCAACAAUGUGGGGAUGAUUAUGAAUAUCAAAUUUGCCUAUGACAACAGACAUCUUAUUUGUAAUGCAAUCACUCAGGAAUAUAGACAAGAAAUACUGUUGAUUGACUCUGAGAAUCACUAAGUGUUGGGAGUAGUCACUUACUCAUAUUCAAUACCUUACAAGAUUAAGGAUUUGGAGUUCUACCCUAAUAGUGUCUUUAGAUUUGUGACUUGUGGAGUGUAGCACAUGUCUUGUUGGUAAUUUGCAGGAGGUUAAUUAACAUUUUAGGCUAUGGAGAUUGAGAAUCCAAAAGAUUUAGUAGAAUUGGUGGAGAAUCAGAAUGAUGAAUAAGAAGGAGCCUAAGAUAAUGAUUAAGAAGAUGGUUUAAGAAUUACAUUCUUAACUGUGAUAUUUGUAUAGGAUGCAAUAAUUACAGCAGGAGAGGAUGGAUUCAUUUAUGUUUGGGAUGACAAAAAGAUCAAUAAGAAAUAAAAGGCUCAUCCAGAUCAACCCAUCUUCUGUUUAUACACAAGCAAGGAUUCUUCGAUGUUUGUAUCUGGAGGAAUGGAUGGACGUGUCAUUCUAUGGUCUUUGAGUAAGUCUGAGUAUUCUUAUGUGGUCGAAAAGAUCUAUGAGUAUAGUAUUGCUAAUGAAUAAUUACAGAAGACUGGGUUGAAUCCAAAUCUUCAUAUUCAAUCAGUAUGUAUUGGAUAGAACUAUAUAUUGGCAGGAACAAGAAGUGGGGACAUUUAUGAGUUGGUAAGACCCAAUGAGGCAGAUUUGAAAUGUAAACAUCUUGAUUUAAUUUAGCCUUGACAAAAAUACAGAAGGACAUGGUUAAAUUAAGAAUCAAUUGUACUGAUCAUGAUCAACCAAAAGUUGUAGCUUUUUCUGGUAAUGCUCAGAAAUUGUAUUCAAUUACUUAAAAGGGAUUGUUUGCAGUCUGGAAUUUGAGGAAACUGAAACGCACAUAUUCUUAUGCAUUUGAAAAGGCCACUUUGAAUUUGAUAGUGUGCAAAUUAUCACCUAAAAUCUUUAUAGCUUUUGAACAAGAAGUUAUAGUGUUGAAUGAUCAUGAUUAUAGUGUGAAUACUAAUUAUUCUUUAAAACAGAAAUCAGCCAUCUCAGAUAUGAAAUUGAGUGUAGAUGAGAAAAUGCUUGCUUUGGCUCUUGCAAGAAAUCAAGAACAGAAUGCUAAAAUCGAAAUAUAUGAUGUUGAAAACGAAGAAAACAAUUUUAGAUUACUUUGCAGCAUUGACAAUCUUAAUACAAGUGUAGAAUACUUGGAUUUCUCCACUGAUAAUUUCUAUCUCUUCUAUAAAGACGUCUUGGAUGAGACUGCCCUUAUAGACCUAGAUCAAUAGAAACGUAUAAACAGCAUGCAUAUGGAAUUUGAUUUGGAAUGGUGUAGUGAUGGAAUCAAAUUAGCUGAAAAGGCCAAGGGAGUGCAUUCUUGUUAUACUGAUGACAAUAAAAUUCGUAAGAUUACUCUGAUUGGAGAAAAGUCCAUGGCUGUAAUUAUUACAUCUUAUUCAAGGUUACUGACAAUAUGGGAACCAUACGAAUUUUCAAUUAUCCCUGUACUUCUGGAUAAGGAUACAUGCGUAUAUAUACUGAUCAUAUGAUGUACAUCAAUCAAUGUGUGGCCAGUCCAGACAAGGAAACUUUGGUUACAACCUCAGAACAAGACAAGUGCAUCAUGGUGUGGAAGAUACAGAAGGUUGAUGUCAAUAAUACAUAAUGAUAUUU